AUGUCAUCAUCAUCGGUAUCUGAUGGAAUUCUUAAAUUUGCUACACAAUACUCGAUUUAUACUGGUUUUAUUGCAUUUAUUUUUGGAAUUAUUGGUAAUGCGUUGAACAUUUUCGUUUUUACUCAAUUGAAAUUAUUUCGAACUAAUCGAUGCAUCUUCUAUAUGACUAUUGAAUCAAUUUCUAACUUCAUUUAUCAGUUUUUAUCUAUUAGUUUAACUAUUUUAACAUCAAUAUAUGGAGAUGAUGCAACAGGACGUUCUUUCAUUUGGUGUAAACUCAGAUCUAUAUUGUCACAAAUAUGUGCUCUCACUACUUUUUAUAUGAUAUGUUUUUCUGCUGUUGAUCAAUUCUUUUCAACAAAUUAUCGUUACAAUUUAAGACAAAUGUGUACAUUGAAACUAGGCCGAUAUUUUGUGUUGAUAUUCAUUUGUUUUGCAAUCAUUCAUAGCAUUGUAUUUGGCUUUUCUUAUAAUAUUCAACCAAAAUUUGGAUGUAUCGUAUCGGAUUAUACAUGGAUUCAGUAUUCAACAUUUUUCUUAUAUCCAAUUUUAGUUGGUUUUCUACCUAUAGUAAUUGCAUCAUCAUUUAGUAUCUUAGCUUAUUAUAAUGUUCGUCAUAUAGUCCGACGACAAUUACCAAUGGUUCGUCGAAAAUUAGACAAACAAAUAACAGCAAUGGUUCUUACGCGUGUAAUAGCUUUCGUUUGUUUGGUAUUACCUUAUAAUAUUUAUCGUAUUUAUGCGGUUAAUUUUCCUACAUCACAAAGUGUACCUAAGGACUAUGCAAUUAGCCGAUUAAUUCAAGCAAUUUUUUCUUCUAUCAACAUUAUGAAUUCUGUUACCAACUUUUAUAUUUUUAUAAUAUUCUCAUCACGUUUUCGUCGUCAAGUAAAACUUGUUCUAGUAAAAAAAUGUUGGCAACCAUGGAAGUAUUGGUGUUGUUCCAUAAAUAAUCAAAUUGAACCUAACAACAAUAUUGAACCACGCAAUUCACAAAUGGAAUCUGAUGAGAAUAUCUAA